GGAGCCCCCGCUGGCAGGAGCGACCCUUCUCCCUGCCUUCUCCCUGCCCUGGGGACCCGGGAGGCCCGCACCCUCCCUUCCUCCCCAGCCCAUGGGGACCGUCAUGGCCAAACUGCUGCUGCCCACGCUGAGCAGCCUGGCCUUCCUCCCCACGGUCAGCGUCGCUGCCAAGCGGCGGUUCCACAUGGAGGCCAUGGUCUAUCUCUUCACCACGUUCUUCGUGGCGUUUUACCACGCCUGCCACGGGCCGGGCCUGGCCAUGAUCUGCUUUCUGCGCCUUGACAUCCUGGAGUAUUUCAGCGUCUACGGAACCGCCCUGAGCAUGUGGGUCUCGCUGAUGGCGCUGGCUGACUUCGACGAGCCCAAGAGGUCGACUUUCGUGAUGUUUGGCGUCCUGACCAUCGCCGUGCGGAUCUACCACGACCGCUGGGGCUACGGGGUGUACUCGGGCCCCAUCGGCACGGCCGCCCUCAUCAUCGCGGCCAAGUGGCUGCAGCAGAUGAAGGACCAACGGCGACUGUAUCCAGACAAGAGCGUGUACACACAGCAGAUAGGCCCCGGCCUCUGCUUCGGGGCGCUGGCCCUCAUGCUGCGCUUUUUCUUCGAGGAGUGGGAUUAUACCUACGUCCACAGCUUCUACCACUGCGCCCUGGCCAUGUCCUUCGUCCUGCUGCUGCCCAAGGCCAACAAGAAGGCUGGAAGCGCAGGGCCGCCCGCCAAGCUGGACUGCUCCACCCUCUGCUGUGCUUGUAUCUGACCGCGUGGCCCAAA